CUAUGCAAACAGCCACCUGGGAAGGAGAAGCAGAGGGUGUGCUGGCAGAGGUGACAAAAGGGGACAGUGGAAGGAACGCAGGGUCACCGAGGCUGACCCAGGCAGCUGUCGCCGAGCUCCCGCCAUGGACAGCAGGGUGUGGGGUGCCUGCAUCCUCUGCUUGCUGGGCCCCUUGCCGAUCGUCCUGAGCCACGUGCACCCAGAAUGUGAUGUCAUCACUCAGCUGCGAGAGGAUGAGCAAGCAUGUCUACAAGCUGCCGAAGGGAUGCCCAACUCCACCUUGGGCUGCCCCAGGAUCUGGGACGGGCUGCUGUGCUGGCCGACGGCGGGCUCCGGCGAGUGGGUGAGCCUCCCCUGCCCGGCUUUCUUCUCUCACUUCAGCUCGGAGCCAGGGGCUGUGAAGAGGGACUGCACCAUUGCAGGCUGGUCGGAGCCCUUCCCGCCUUACCCCGAGGCCUGCCCUGUGCCCCUGGAGCUGCUGACUGAGGAGAAAUCCUACUUCUCCGCGGUAAGGAUCGUCUACACCAUGGGCCACAGCGUCUCGGCCGCGGCCCUCCUAGUGGCCAUCAUCAUCCUGGUUGCUCUCAGGAGGCUCCACUGCCCCAGGAACUACAUCCACACCCAGCUGUUCACCACCUUUAUCCUCAAGGCGGCAGCUGUGUUCCUGAAGGACGCCACCCUCUUUCACCGGGAGAACACGGACCACUGCAGCUUCUCCACUGUAACAGUCAUGGGUGGGGGUGCUGGUGCGGGCGAGGAGGUUGGAUUAGAGAUGUCAGCCUGUCCAGUCCAGUGGGCUGACCCCGGGGCUCUGGCUUUGCCAAGGACAGAGCUGGAAAGCCCCCCUCCCCCUUCCCGCCCCUCCUUGGGGUCAAGUCCUAAAUCCUCCUGUGCCCAGCCCCGUCAUUCCCUGACUCCACUCUCUGCUCCAUGUUCUGUAUUCUGGUUUCAUUCCCAGCCUGUAGCCCAGCCCAGAGCACACUUCACUCCACUCUUGCUUCCAUCUCAAACUUCCUCUGGGCUCUGUCUCUGCUGGGUGUGGGUGUACCAGGCACUGGACAAAGCCAGGUCUCUUCUUCAAGAAGCACCCAGGAUGCCUAAGGGGACAGAUUGUACCAGAUUACAGGACCAUCAGGUCCUGUGUAAGGUUUCUGUGGCCACUUCCCAUUUCGCUACCAUGACCAACUUCAGCUGGCUGCUGGCAGAAGCUGUGUACCUGACCUGCCUCUUAGCCACCACAUUGCCCAGCACAAGGAGGGUCUUCUGGUGGCUGGUUCUCGCUGCCUGGGGGCUUCCUCUGCUCUUUACCGGCAUGUGGGUGGGUUGCAAGUUGGCCUUUGAAGACAUUGCGUGCUGGGACCUGGACGACAGCUCCCCCUACUGGUGGAUCAUCAAAGGACCCAUCGUCCUCUCUGUUGGGGUGAACUUUGGGCUUUUUCUCAAUAUUAUCCGUAUCCUGCUGAGGAAACUGGAGCCAGCUCAGGGCAGCCUCCACACCCAGCCUCAGUACUGGCGUCUCUCUAAGUCAACGCUUCUCCUCAUUCCGCUGUUUGGAAUCCACUAUGUCAUUUUCAACUUCCUGCCUGACAGUGCUGGCCUGGACAUCCGCCUCCCCCUAGAACUGGGACUGGGCUCUUUCCAGGGCUUCAUUGUUGCUAUCCUGUACUGCUUCCUCAACCAAGAGGUGAGGACUGAGAUCUCACGGAGAUGGCAUGGCCACGAUCCUGAACUUCUGCCAGCCCGGAGGACUCAUAUCAAGUGGACGACGCCUUCACACUCGAGGGUGAAGGUGACUGUUCCCGUGCCCUCUGGUCCCCAGGCCGGGGAGCCUUUCAUCGGGACACAUUCCGGGGAGUGAAAGCGGUGCCAGUUCAGCCGAUAUGCCUUUUCUUAACGCGACAGAGUGGUUCCAGAUUGCACUCCAGAACUGCCAGCGAGAUCUGCACUCCCACCAGCAGCUCCACCAACACUUGGCAUUACCCAGCUUUUCAAUGUUUGCAAGUCAAAUGGGUGUACAGUGACAUCUCCUUGUUGUUUAAAUCCACAUUCCUCUGAUAACUAAUGAGCGAGCAUCUCUUCUCUGCUUGUGCCUGUUAGCCUUUUAGGUUGUCCUUCUGGAAAAUGCUUGAAUCGCUCUCUUUACUUUUCUCUAGGGUGGAGGUUCCUCGGUUCUAGGUUUUUCUCUUACGUUUUUUCCAUUGCUUGCCCUCCUGUAUCCCCAGCCUGCUUCUUCCUCCCAAGUCCUCUGCCCAAGUGCUGCCCCCGAAGUAAUGCAACAUGCUUUUCUUCCUUUAGUUUCAAAUCAGAAAAGUAGUUCAUCCUCAUUGCAGAGCAUUUGGGAGAUAUAGAAGGGAUUUUAAAAGAAAAUAAAAAUCAGCCAGUGGGCACUUCCCUGGCGGUCCAGUGGUUAACACUUUGCCUUCCAAUGCAGGGGUGCAGGUUGGAUUGUUGGUUGGGGAGCAAAGAUACCACAUGCGUCACAGCCAAAAACCAAAACAUGAAACAGAAGCAGUAUUAGAACAAAUUCAGUAAAGACCUUAAAAAAUGGUCCAUAUCCAAAAUAAAAGUCAUUAAAUUAAAAUAUCAGUCAUAAUCUCAUUACCCAAAGACAAUCACUACUGAUAUUUUUGUAUGUUUCCUAAAAUAUUUUUCUCCUCUGCUUUCUUGAAAUAUUGUGAGAUCAUGAUAUAUUCAUAAAUUUCUGUCAUGUCUUAUAUUUAAAAUGAACAUAAA